AUGCCCGUGGCGCUCGGUCCUGCCAUCGCCGUGCUCAUCUGCCUCGAGCGCAAGGCCAAGCAUCACGGGCUCGUCAACAUGGCGACGAAAGCAGCCCCGCGCGGCCUGAUCGUCGUCGUCGCCGCGGAGACGGGCCCGAAGGAGUCCUGGGGCCGAGCCCUGCUGCGCAACUGGCACGCGAUUGACGCCGUUGGACUCGUCCUCCUCGGCUUCGGCUGGUCGCUGCUGCUGCUGCCGUUCUCGCUCAAGACGUACGCCGAGCACGGCUGGCGCAAGCCGUCCAUGAUCGCCAUGAUGGUGGUCCCGUACGUGGUGUAUGAGGUCAAAUGGGCCAAGAUACCGAGCGCGCCGCGCCGGUUGAUGUGCAACAAGACGUUCAUCAUGUCCAUCAUCAUCUACAGCUUCUAUUUCUUCGCCGGCAACAUGCGCGGCUUGUACUGGAGCUCCUACGUGUACGUGGCCAAGCCCGGGAGCCAGCAGGACUGGGUGUACUACGGCAACACCAUGACGCUCGCGCUGUGCAUCUUCGGCCCCAUCACCGGCCUCCUGCAGCGCUGGACGCACCGCUACAAGGCGAUCCAGCUCACCGGGCUGUGCCUCAAGAUCAUCGGCCUGGGCAUCAUCGAGGUGUACCGCCGCACGCUCUUCUACUGCCUCGCGCCGGCGCUGGCGCUGGCAUUCAUCCCGCUCGUUGCCGCGUGUUUCCAGACAAACUUUUACCUUGGAAAGUGCCAGAACGCCGUCACCAACGUCGGCAACGACGGGCAGCCGGCGGAGGAGCGGGAGGAGGGGCAGCAGGGCGAUGAACGGCUGCCACCGGCGGCAUCGAAGAGGGAGGCGUUUUUGCAGUUCUGGGGAGGAAGAAAUGCGGGAUCAACUAAGAGACAGUAA